CUAAGCCUACCUGAGUUAUGCCACGCCCCCUUAUACUCUCCGAGGGAGGUGACACGGUAAACGGAACAGCUACGUGUGCCGAUAUCAUGGCGACAGUUUGAAGUACAGACGGGCCAGGUGUUGGCCUGAGAUGGAUUUACGAAAUGUAGGAGAAAUUUGGAGAUAACUUAUGUCAUGCCGCUGCCUAACAGGAUUGUCGAACCUCAAAAGUUGGGGAGGAAAGCGUUACGACCUGAACAAAAUGAGGAUCCGGUCUCGACCCAACUUGCCGUUUCCCAUAACACAGUGCUCGGAGCCUUGUACCAGCUCGCGAGCCUCGUGCGACACGCAGACGAUCUGUUUUGUGAUUUGGCCGAAGAGUGUCAAAAAGUUUUCGAGAAAACGGACAGAAUAACGGAAAAGUUGUCCCGAGUUAAGGAUUAUGUCUACAAGUUGGAUUCUAGGAAAGUGAAAAUACCUGUGGGGAACCUGAAGCAGUACAGUAAAGUGACUGACCACCAUGUCGCACGCCAUGGGUUCGACUGCUACAUGUUCACCCCAGACUCCCGCCCUCACUGCAUCAAGGACUGCUACACACUGGCCGAUCUCACCCCGACCAAGAUCCUACGCGGCGCCGAUAUCUACAGAAAGGAUGGACUCUGCAGCUCCAAUCUCUUCAAGCUGUGGCCAAUCGUUCUCAACGAUCACAAAGUUGAAAGCCCACAACUUAGCAUGUUACGCAGGGAUCGGACGGGUCCAUCGUGUAACAAAGGCUACAAGGUCCUCAAGAUGCCUGAGUGUCGGCGCACGAUACAUGAGUUUGACCUUGAGGACAGCAACAAGGUUGAAGAAGAAGGGAUAGAUUAUUUCUGCGAACCCUCAGUCGUCCAGAUUGAUACAUCGGGGGUCGGCUUCCAGAGAAUGUCGUCAUUCCGUGACUCCCUACGAGAAUCUGAUGCCAAGAAGAAGAAACGAAGAAGAACCGUUUCUGGUGUGCCAGAGAACUUGUUGUAUGAAAUCAGUGAGUUUGAACGAAAGAAACGAAACACUUUUGACAGUGCUCCGCGAGACAGACCAAGAGCUUACAGUUUUGAUGACCUAGAUGCUAAGACUAAAACUGAACGAGAUGAAAUCCUUGCACAGUAUUUUGAUGAAAUUGAUGCAAAAUAUGAAGAAAUGCUUGAAGAAGAAACUGCACAGAAAGAACCCAAAAUACUAAAAUUCUUACCCUGUAGACGUUCAAGGUCCCUCCCGCGAUGUGUAAAAAUGUCUCAUCGUAGUAUCGAGCGAUUUCAGCAAGGCAGUUCAACGGGAAGUUACGCCAGUACACUGAGUCUCGCGAGUGAGAACUCAACUGGUUCAAGGUUUUCCCGUUCAACGAAGCGGUCCAGCAUCAUCAGCAACAAGAUUAAGUCCCUUGUCAGCGCUGGGAAUGCUAGACUGCGACAAAGACCGAAGUCACUCGACCUAGAUGCCAUCGAACUCUGCCCAGACAACAAGAAGAAGACAAACUUGAGAAAAACAACAUCUCCUAGCAUGCCUGCAAAUAUUGAGCAGACGACAUCUUCCACAGACAGUGUAGUGGGACCUGGGACAUACUACUAUUUUGAGAGUAACACUAUUCCACGAGCUCAAGCUAAGAAAUACGACUUCCCAUGGGAGAGUCUGCCUAAAGAUUGGACCACUUCAGUGAAACUCCGGGAAAUAAAUAAGAGGAAGUCAAUGGAAGAACGUAAUUCUUCUUCAGGUGCCUGGAGUGCUAGUGGGAGCAGCAGCAAUCGUCAGUCACUGGAUUCCGCCAAGUCCAGUAUGCCAUCAUCCACAUCUCAAUAUUCUAUAGGGAAGGAUUCUGGCAGAGACUCUCCUUCUAUCACUGAUGACAGACCAGAUGGUUUGAAGUACAGUCCUGUACAGUCCUGUCCUGGUGAUGAUGACGUUGAGUCAGUAACCGGGACCAAGUCCCACUUCACCAAGAUGGACACUGACGCCUGGCUGCAGAUGUUAGCAAUGAAGGCAGCAAGUAGGGAUGACGUAACAUCCGACUGUGCCGACACGCUCAAGUCGCUCUCCCAGCUCACCAAACAGAACAUCCAAGCACUAGAUCUGAUGUCUCCAGCUCUCAAGCCUCCUCCGAAGUUAGAUGAUGAAGUCUCAUCUGUGUAUUCAUUAGAUCAGGAAGGCUUUUACACCUCCUUCCAUAAUGACAGUGGCUUGAGGCGCAGCACAGCCACAUUGGAUGAGGAUGUGGAUAAGAUGUCCCCUGUGAAGGAGGCUCAGAGUAUGCUAAGCAUGUGCAGCACGAACACGGUUGAGAGCGUCAUCUACAGACCUAGGGAUGGAGAAAAGCUGGCAUCCCCUGUCAGUGUAAAGAAAGGGGGUAAGUGCCCUCCACCACCACCACGCAGAACCAGCAGUAUGGAAGUCUGUGCUAAGAUUUCCGAGAAUGACAGCAGUAGUUCUGGAGGAAGCACCUCUACUCUCAACAAUGAUAGAUCUAAACCUGGCCAAAAGGGUUUAGAUUCUUCUUUCUCUGAAUCUGACCAAGAAACCAUCUAUGCAAGACUCAAAACCAAGACCAGAAUUUCAUCCGGCAUGUAUCCAUCCUGGUGCUCCGUUUCUGAUGAAGACUCCACACCAGAGAGUUCUCGAGAGAAACUUAUGAAUGGGCACAAAGAUGUCAAUGGAAAUGCUUCUAAGCUUUCGCCUUUUUCGAGAAGCAUUUCCCAGCCGACAUCAAUUGUGAUGACAGCCGGACAGGAUCUAUCCCUCUGUAAUCCUACAAUGGUAGGGUUGUCAGGCAAGGGAGAAGAUAUGAAUCUGGAUUGGGAAGGUCAUACGCUACCCAAGAGGCAGUUCUCAUCAAAGAUGAUUGAUGAUGAGGACUUCACCACUAACUCUUGGCCAAGGUCUGGUAUUCUGAAGAGAGAUAAAUCACCCAAUGGCAAAACCCCCAAAACAUUGAACUUUGCACCAAUGAUUAAUAUGUUUGAUCCAAAGUCACCUCAAGGUGUGCAGCUACCUUUGCCUGAUAUGUCCUCCUCUUCUUCUGAUGAGACAAAGACCUCAGCAAACUCACUUACAAGUGCCUCAGAUGAUGGGUCCUUCUACAAGCUUGCUAUUCCUCUAGGUACACCUGAGACUGUGAAGAAACAUCAUGGAAAGAUUCCAAUGAAAUACCAACCCAUCAUAACAGUCAAACCUAGACCCAGAUCUGCUACAGAUGGCGGUCAGAAAUCUGGUGCUUAUGUGAAACUGUCCCCUGGGUCCCAGCCAUCACCACCAAGUCAAGUUGUGUACCCUACUAGUGUCAUCAAGCCAUCUACCUCUACUCCAAAUGCAUCAAAAACGCCUUUCAGAAAUCGCUCGUCUAGUUGCAACAAUCGAGUACGAGCUCACUAUGCAUCCACAGACAUCAUGUCACAGAGUUCAGGGAGCUCCUCAUCCAUCCCUUCCAUCUCUUCAUCAUCCGAUGGUGGCUACAUGGACAUGAGGUUGGCGACUAUCAAGAGUAACCAAUCAGACACUCUAAGCAGUAAUAGCUCCAUUGCCUUAUCUGACAUUGACUCCAGCAGCUUGACAUAUGUCAGUAUGUCCAGUGCAAACAGUACCCCGACAAACUCUACCCUCACCUUGACUCAAGAUUCAGGAUCAAAUAUGUCUGUUCCAGAAGACAAAGACUCUUAUAUGACUCUUGGGCAGAACCCUGUGAAAUCUAUAAAAGACAUGGCUGUUGUGAAUGGGCCCACAGUGUCUAGUCCCCCAACCUUCUCCAGUUUUAAUGGACCAAAUACCAGAUCAUUCACAUCAAGCUUAUCCCCAUCUCCCACUGUUGAAGCACCUAAAAUGACCUUGCACAGAUCUUCCACAAAUCCUCAAAUUUCGUGUGGUUCUCAAGGUGUUUCGCCUGCUGCUUACUCCUCCAUACCUCAUUCAAAUUCAAGGACAAGCAGUCAAUCUCAUCGACAUUCCCUGUCUCCUCAUCAGUCAACACCAGUGAACCAUAUUCCCCCUAGUCAGUCCAGCUCAGUACAGAGACCAUCUGUUCUGGCAGUGUCACCAUUACAACAGUCACAACGUCCCAAAGACAGGCGCAGAUCUGCUCCUCCACUUGGACAGUCCCACAGCAGUUUUUACUCUCAAGGCUCACCAAAUAAUGCUUAUUCUCAAGGAUCGCCAAACAGUGUCUUCUCUCAAGGAUCACCCAGUGGUUUCUAUUCCCAAGGAUCACCCAGCAAUGCUUACACUCAAGGAUCACCCAGCAGUGUGAGGUCAGCAGACUCGCAAAACUCUGCUAAUAGUCGCAGUGACUCCUACAGAGUAGCCAUGAAGACAGAAUAUGAUCAAGAAUCGCCGUCAACUCCCAACCGGGCUGAGUCAUAUCGAGUCGCAGUCACCAAGACAAACUCAGCUCCCCCUGCAGUUGAACCAGAAGUUCCUAAUAGAGCUGAUUCCUAUAGAUUUGCAGUGAGGAACACUAAUGGUCUUGUAGACAGUUCUCACAAAAGGAACACUUCUUAUCGUGUUACUCUUCAUGAAGGUGAAAGAGACAGUAGACUUGAUGCUCUAAAUUCAUGGAAUGGCAGUGGUAAGGACCUUCGUAGAAUGUGCAUCACUGACAUUGACCAAUUAAAGUGCUAUUCAGAUGAUGAUUCCACCAAAAAGACAAAGGAAAAGAGUGGAGGAGGGAUAUUUGCUACUAUCAACUCAUCCAAGAAAAAGAUGAGUUCUAAAUCAGACAUUGAAUCCUCGCUGAGACCAAACAAAACACCAUCUCCUGACAGUGGGAGCAAAAGGUCAAGCAAGGCUGAUAAAGAGAAGGACAAAAAGAAUGCCAAGACAAGGUCCUCUACCUACAUCAGAUUUGAUCCGAUCUUUGAGGACAAGGAAGACUUCUUCAAUUCAUCUUCGGACACUCUUAGGGCACAAUCUGUGUCGUCACUGCGGCCGCUCUCUGCAUCACACUCGAGUGAAACGCUGACCACAGAGGAGGGUCCCUUGUUGGCGAAGAGGUUGCAGUCUCCAGGGCCUGUGGGGAAACACAAGGGCUCAAAUGGCAAGAAACCGGUGGAUGAGAGAGCUGUCAUGUCAAUUCUAGACAGCAUUAAGUCAACAAUAAAAUCUAUUUCUGGUCGAGGUCCAGAUAAAGAAGACAACCACUAUGUAGCCCAGAAGUAUGCUGCAGACAUUUGAGGGUUUGGGUAGAAUGUACAGUGGAACCCUAUCAGUCUAGACUGUGCCGGUCAGAGACAAUUUGUCCAGAUUAAUAUAUUUCUAGAUUAAUUAAUCAAGGGUACUUUGUAUUGUCCCUUUGCAUGAAUGUUGAUGUCCAAACAGUCAUUGUCCAGAAGGUGGCGUUUCCACACUGACGGAGUUCAGAUUAAAUGGGUUUCACUGUAUAUACUGUCAUUGUAAUGUUUCCAUAGUGACUGAUCAAGGUUGUAUUUUCUAAUGGGUAUUAGAUGUCAGGUCCAUGACAAAGUCAUUCCACAUGGAUGGUAUUUGAGAUCAAAUCUCCAUUUUGUCACACAUCAAAAGCCAAAAUAUAUGGGUAAAUAAUAUGUAUAUUGUCAUACCGGUAGAUACUGGAGGUAUAAGGAGGUGGUAAUUAUUGGGAGUGCACUAACAUGUAAGAAUGAUACUGAAUAAGAUCUGAAGUGGAUUUCAUUCCCAAAUUAUAUAAUAAACUACAAAUAAACUUUAUCAGUGAGUUAUAUGCAAAUUGAUUCCAUGAGAUGGGAGUAUUCAUCUUUACACCAAGCUUAAGCCAUGUGGUACUUUUGUUGUAUCGCUUUGGUGUAUUUUAAAUGUACAAGGAUUAGAGAAUAGGAUGUGAUAAUAUCCAACAUUAUGCCACAUGUAUACAUGUGUAGUGGUCAAAUGUUCAGUAUGUUUGAAUGGGUAUUAUAUUAUCAUGUUUGUACUGGUGCAGUAUUUGACAUAUUAGUGAUUAAGUUAUGAAACCUGGUAUACGGAAUGUUCGAAUGUAUGUCAAUACCCUUGAUUCAGGUUUUCAUAGAGAUUUACUGAUUCAAAAAAUACCUACUCAAUUAUCACCAAUAUUAAUAAAAACAAAUUGUACAAAUCAGUCAAACUGCUGAAAAUAUAUCUCUGCAAGUUUAAAAAUAUGUAAGUGAUAAUUUACAUUUGGGCAUUGCAAAUGUAUGUUUAUGGCACAUAAUUGAAAAUUCUGGAGCCUUUUAUACACCAAAGAAAGGUAUCCACAUUUUAUCAUUUUGGAUUGAGUGUCUAGGACAUGUAAAUAUGCUAGUAUUUAGUAAAUGGUUGCUGAAUCAGUAAUAUUUGAUAUUAAUAACAAGAAAUAUCUUCUUUUCUCAUGUAAGAUUUGGUGCAAAAAAACAUCCAUCAUAAUAGAUUGUGAAUGAUGUCUGUAUAAUUGAGGGAAUGGUUCAUGAUAAAAGAUUGAUCUUAGUUAUUUUAACAUACAUGUAUGUUAUGUUCAUAUUCUUCAAAACAACUCAUACUUUUUAAAUAGCAAUCAGCUUUAAUACCUCAUGGGUUGAUCUGUAAAUAGUUUGUUCAUCAACAUGUUGCCACAAUGAUAAUUUAAGGUAAAUAUUCAGUUUUCACCACUCAUCACAUUGCCAUUACUGCUGCUUAUUCAUACACCCACUAUAUCAAGUAGUCAUUCUUAUACUAGCAAUUAGUUGUUUUUGUUAUUGUUUUUCACUGUAAUUCAACAGAGAUUGACGUUCUGAUAUUAAAAAGAUAUUGGUUAUUAUUCAAACUGAUUUAUAGGAAGAAAUGUCACUGUAUUUUAGAUACUUAUAAAAAAAUAAAUUAAUUGAAGGAUCCAUGAAUCAAAUCCUGUUAAAUAUAUUUACUGCAAUGACUACAAUGUGUUCAGUGCAAAUGCUUUUCUACUACUGCCAUGUCAUGUAGUCAUACAAAUCAUUUCUUUUCUUGUCAUCGGAGAAAGCUUGUCUAAGUUAUUUAUUUAUCAUUGUUAAUCUAAUUCCUGGAGUCAUCGCUAUUCACAACUGAAGUCAUAUUUUCAUAAAUAUUGUUUAAAAUAAGAGGAAAACAUUAUCUUUCUUUGUCAUUGAUUCAAGAUGUUUGUCUAUAAACUCAUAAGUGUCAGUGAUGACAUGUAACAUGUAGAUUGGGAUGUAAGUACUAAGGUUAAUUACAUGUUUUUAAUACCCCAUAUCAUGCUAUCGUUAUUUACACAGAUUGUUACGAUCAUGUGAUCGUAAUUGCUGAUUUUACCAUCCUAUACAACCCCACCUAGUAGGACUUCAUCUAUCCAUCCUGUUGGAUUUUAUGAGGCUGUACAUUUUGCAUUCUAAUCAUCUUUAUUUGUUUAGAUUGUUUAGCUCAUUGAGUGCUUUUUGAGUUAGAGUGACCAUCCUAUGAUGGUUAAACAGUGUGCAUAUUUACUGUCAACAUUCCUAGAAUCAGAAUAAAGUAUUUUAGAUACUUAACUAA